AUGAAGAUGAUUUCUGUGCGUGAUAUCGUGCUUGUGGUGCUGCUGGUCAUAGUGCCGGGGGAUGCAUUUUUCCUGAACAUGUACCGGGAUACACAGAACGGUGCCACCGGUAUGGCGUGCCGUUGGUACAACAUGCCAGCAUACGCGAAUGCCAUCGCCACCCAGGUACCGUCGAACGUGGGCUACGGCUCGACCGUCAAUGGCGGUAGCCUCAACUAUCUGACCGGGCUUGCCUCGAUGCUGAACCGUCUGUAUCCGGAGUCCAUCGUUGGUGCGUCGCCAACACGCCCGAAGGUGAUUGUGCGCGUCCAGGAAACGGGCCCCAUCGGGAACAGAAACAUCCCGGCCACAAUCACGCUCCGACCGGGCGGUAAUGCAAACCGUGAGUUAGAUUACAGCGAGACAGAUCCGCAGUACUAUGACGAGGACGACGGUAAUGCGUACGAUGAUUACAGUGAUCCUGACGGAUAUACGGACACUGUUACGUAUUAUGACAUGCCUGGGUCGGACAACCACGAGACCGGCAACGUUUUUCAGUCGUGGUACGGGACGCGUCUCAAUGCGCCGUUGGCAUCCGGCCGUGCAUCUAGCACGUGCAAUGUAUGCGCAACUUCAUCGUUGCUAAACCUACUGAUGGGAUAA